ACGAGAAACCGCUCAGCGAGUCUUGAGCUGAUGACGUCGUGUAGGUUAAAUGUCAAUCACUAAAUUGUAUUCUUUCAGUUAACAUUCUUGACAUUAAUAGAGCGUUCCUGCAGAGCGACACGUGAUGGCCGACCCGGAGCUGCUGCUGGACUCCAGCAUCCGGAUGUGGGUGGUGCUGCCCAUCGUCUUCAUCACCUUCUUCGUGGGGAUCAUCCGCCACUACGUCACCCAGCUGCUGCACAGCGACAAGAAGGUGGACCUGGAGCAGGUUUCUGACAGCCAGGUUCUCCUGCGUAGCCGCAUCCUCAGAGAGAACGGGAAGUACAUUCCCCGACAGUCGUUCGCGAUGAGGAAACAUUUCUUCAACGACGCAGAAACCGGCUUCUUCAAGAAGGUCAAGAGGAAGGUCGUCCCCAAGAACCCCAUGAUGGACACCAGCAUGCUCACCGAUAUGAUGAAGGGGAACCUGACCAACGUGCUGCCCAUGAUCGUGAUCGGUGGCUGGAUCAACUGGGCGUUCUCUGGAUUCGUCAUAACCAAGGUGCCGUUCCCUCUGACGCUGAGGUUCAAGCCCAUGUUACAGAGAGGAAUCGACCUGCUGUCACUGGACGCCUCCUGGGUGAGCUCUGCAUCCUGGUACUUCCUCAAUGUGUUUGGACUGAGGAGCAUGUACAGCCUGAUCCUGGGCCAGGACAACGCUGCCGACCAAUCACGCCUCAUGCAGGACCAGAUGACGGGCGCUGCCAUGGCGAUGCCCCCCGACCCCAACAAGGCCUUCAAGAGUGAGUGGGAGGCGCUGGAGAUCGUGGAACACAAGUGGGCUUUGGAGAACGUGGAGGAGGACCUGAUGUCCAGAGACCUGAACUUCGGGACGUUCUUCAGCCAGGACAUAAAGUCUACCAUGUUCUAGAAGAGAACCUUGAGAACCCGCCAGGAAACCACGAACUCUAGAAGUAGAUCACUGGAUUCACCUCCGGCACUUUAUUCACGUUCUGCCUUUUUUGUUUGUGUGUAUAUAUAUAUACACAUAUUAUAUUAGUCUCCAGGUUCUAAGUGUAAAAGUUCUGCUCUGAUUAAUUAAACGACGAUUGGAAGUC